AUGAAAUCAUAUAUAUAUAUACGUCUCAACGUUGCCGACGCAAUUUGGGAAGGUGGUUCCAAUGCGCCUUUCACCGCCGCUCAGAUCCUCGCGCGUGUAGUUCCAACCGGUGGCGGCGACGCCGAGAAUCUUCAAUGCUUGCUAUGCAUUCUCGCUAGCUACUGCGUGCUUGAAGAGGUUAUUGUUGGCGGUGAAAGGAAGUACUCACUAACAGAUGUUGGGAAAACUCUUGUGACCGAUGAACAAGGCUUAUCAGAUGGUGCUUACCUGCUCCAACACCACCAGGAUGCGUUAAUGAGAGUAUGGCCAUUAGUACACGAAUCAGUUGUGAACCCUACAAAAGAGUUAUUUGAAAUGGUUAAUGGAGAAAGACCAUAUGAGUUAAUGAAGGCACUUUUGGGGAGUUACAAUGAGUUAAUGAUUUGCUCAUUGUUAUUGCUGGAAAUGUUGAGAGUGCUCCAACUAUGUGAUGAAUCAACUCAUUUUCAUGGUUUCUCUUUUUUAAUCCAAUGUUGA